AGCCAUUCUGGCUCAAGCUGUGCAUAGGCUCAAACGUUAAGCUCACGAGUGCUGCCCCUCUUACCAAUUUGAAACAGAUCCCUAUCCCUAUGUUUGGCAUCACCUCACCUCGAUGCCGAUCCUAAGGAUUCCCUCAGUUUCUGAGGGUCUAUCCCUAAGAUUGUCCUCGCUUUUUGCUCGCCCAUCUUAGGGAUAGGGAUAAGUUCGAGGCUGGUUACCCUCACCCAAAAGAGCAUCCCCUGCCUCCAAUCAUGACCGAUGACGCUCAUCCCGCCAGCAAGAAGGCCAGGAUCACUUUACCCCUGCGCUCACAGCUCUUCAUCAACAACGAGUGGGUCGACGCGAAAUCGGGUAAAACGUUCGACACCGUCAACCCCGUGGACGAGACGACGAUUCUCUCGGUGCAGGAGGCCGGGAAGGAGGACGUAGACAUGGCAGUGUCAGCUGCGAAGGCGGCAUUCCAGUCGUGGAAGAACACCGACGCUGGCAAGCGCCGCGACCUGCUGCUCAGGUUGGCCGACUUGGUGAAGGAGCACCAGAAGAGGCUGGCCGAGGUGGAGUCCAUGGACAACGGAAAACCGACACACGUGGCUCACGAUGUCGACCUCGGAUUCGUGAUCGAGUGCUUCAAGUACUAUGCCGGGUGGGCCGACAAGGUCGGAGGCAAGGUCAUCUCCACCACGUCUGGCACCAGCAGCAAGUUCUGCUUCACGUUCCACGAGCCCAUCGGCGUCGUCGGCGCGAUCAUCCCCUGGAACUUCCCGCUGCUCAUGCUGGCCUGGAAGCUCGGCCCGGCGCUUGCCAUGGGCUGCACGGUGGUGAUGAAAUUGAGCGAGAAGACUCCGCUGUCGGGCCUGCUGAUGUGCGACCUGAUCAAGGAGGCCGGCUUCCCCCCCGGCGUCGUCAACGUCGUCAACGGCCACGGCCCCACGACUGGAGAUUUCAUCGCGAGGCACCCCGACAUCCGCAAGGUGGCGUUCACCGGGAGUUCCGCCGCGGGCCACAGGAUCGUGGAGGCGGCCGGCCAGACCAAUUUGAAGAAGGUGACGCUGGAGCUUGGCGGUAAGAGCCCCAUGAUCAUAUGCAAGGAUGCGGAUUUGGACCAGGCCGCCACAGCUUGCCACAUCGGCCUGUUCGUCAACAUGGGCCAGUGCUGCUGCGCCUCUAGCAGGAUCUUCGUUCACGAAGACAUCCACGACAGCUUCGUCGCCAAGGUCGUGGCGAUGGCCAAGCGCUUGCGCACGCAGGGCGACGUGACAUCGGAGACCGACGUGCCCAUCUGCGACUUGGGCCCCCAGGUGGACAAAAUUCAGUUCGACAAGGUGCUCGGGUACAUCGAGGCCGGCAAGGCCGAGGGCGCCAAGGUGGCGGUCGGAGGGGGCAGGCUUGGCACGAAGGGGUACUUCGUGCAACCCACGGUCUUCACCGACGUGCAGGACACGAUGAAAAUCGCCAGAGAGGAGAUCUUCGGGCCGGUGAUGCAGCUCCUAAAGUUCAAGACCCUGGAGGAUCACCCCGAGGCGAUCGACAGGGCCAACAACACGCACUACGGCCUCGCGGCGGGCAUUUGCACCCGCGACGUGGGCACGGCGCUGGCCGCCGCCAGGAAACUGGAGGCGGGGACGGUCUGGAUCAAUUGCUACGACGACUUCGACAUGGCGGCCCCUUUUGGCGGCUUCAAGACCAGCGGCUGGGGCCGCGAGAAGGGCGAGUACGCGCUCGAGAACUACACGGAGGUGAAGUGCGUCAUGAUGCCCGUGGAUUCCAGAAAUUGAGAUGCCAAGGCAGAGCGUCCCGCCGCCGGGGCCUGAGAGAGGCAGGACGUGGUGGAUGAUCAGAGGGGGAGGAGGAAUGUGAGGAGCAGCGUCGCCCAGCAGAGGCGAUGAACAAUCCAGCGAUUCCGUCGUGACUGUUCCACGGCUGUCUGGAUAGGGCAGGUUGUGCUUGCACGACCUGUUCUCGCAUCUCAUCCCGGCUCGCCGUCUGGAGUGCACCGCCCGCGCGGCGGUUGGGCCGUGAAGUCCGGGUUUUUCCAGGAGGCGCUGGCUGCUGGCCGGGCCUCCCGACUACAGUUUUGCCUUGCGGUCCAGCUGCCGCACCGUCCUUGAGUUGGGCGAAGGCUUCAAGGGUCCAGGAUUUCAAGUAUGCGGUGCUCGCACGUGGCCGCACAACAGGAGGUGAGGCCGCAUCCCCAGCCGCCUUCCUCCGUUCGUGCCCCUCUUUCCCACUGCCUUCGCUCCAGGAUCGACGGCAUGCGAUCUUUGGGCCGUUCGUUCGAAACGUUGUGAGCCGCGGGAGAAAAACAAUCAGGCGAUCAGACGCGGGGGAGCCCAGGCGAACCGCGCCAAGCCGCGGGGGAGCCCACAGGAACUGUCUGAGAAUCGUCGAUCGCACCA